GAGCACUACUUCAAACACGACAGCCACCACUCACCUCGUUCCACCACCACCACAACCACCCGAAGUUAUUCUCAGCAAUGCCCCCGCUGCUGCUUCUGCCUCCUUCGCCUCCUGUCCGGCUCUAGAAACGUUCAGGUGGACUCAGUCAAGCUCCGACUUGCACCCACGCUCCUCGGUCACAGUCCGCUCGAAAAGAGAACCUCAAGGCGCAGAGGGGAACAACGGCUCGUCUCUCUCACGGCAGCGUCGUCCUCCGACCCAGAGAGCUCACCUACCUGUGGAAUGCUAGUCUCGAGCAGUGAAAACCAGCCCUCACAGUCUCGUCGUCGUCGUCGUAACUGGAGGAGAAGGGCAACUUGCGAAGGAAGGAAGUGAAAUAGCCGGCGUGUAAUUACCCACCAACACCAACCCCACCCAUCCAACUCCCCGAAACAGGAAGUGGGAUUCGUGGAGGGAAAUUGUACAUUCCGGUUUAGCAGGAAAUUAUAGCAUGGUGCAUUUUUCGGAAGCAUGGCACUCACUCACUUACCUCGAAAUCUCUCCAUUUGAGACUCACUCGGCAGUCGACUAAUCCUAAUUAAUUAACGGAGGUUCACUCCCAAAAGUAAUAGUCGUACGUACAUCGCAAUACUUGACAGUGUUCGUUAUUUGCGGAGAGAGAAGAAGAAGAGGUGUCAAUUUCAGGAGAAAGCAAACAGUUUGGGGCAAAGUGAAACGAGCAACAUUUGUUUGUUAUCUCGUCACUUGCUACUUCUUUGAACUUUGCAUUGUGUGUGAGAAGUCCGAGUGGUGAGAAGUAAUUAUCGUCAAGAUAACGUCCCCUCAGAUCGAGUAGAGAUGGGGAAGAAGAACUCCAAACUCAAGGCGGACACCAUCGAACGGCUCACAACGGCCACGUACUUUACCGAAAAGGAGAUUCGUCAAUGGCACAAAGGAUUUCUUAAAGACUGUCCGAACGGUCUGCUAACGGAGCAGGGUUUCAUCAAGAUCUACAAGCAGUUCUUCCCCAACGGAGACCCCUCCAAGUUCGCCUCUCUCGUCUUUCGCGUCUUUGACGAGAACAACGAUGGUGCAAUAGAGUUUGAAGAAUUUAUUCGAGCUUUGUCAAUAACGUCGAGGGGGAACCUGGAUGAGAAGCUUCACUGGGCAUUCCGAUUGUACGACGUGGACAACGACGGCUACAUCACGAGGGACGAAAUGUACAACAUCGUGGAAGCCAUCUACCAAAUGGUGGGCCAAGCCCCGACCAGUGAGGAUGAGAACACGCCACAAAAACGAGUCGAUAAGAUCUUUAACCAGAUGGAUUCUAACCACGACAAUCGGCUCACGCUGGAAGAGUUCCGCGAAGGGAGCAAGGCCGACCCUAGAAUUGUUCAGGCUUUGUCCCUUGGCGGAGACUAGCACGAGGAGGACGACGAGUAAUGAUUUCGUCUCCAGAUCUGUAAUCUCUUUUAUUUCGGGCAUGAUGAAUCUCCGAUUUCAAACUUAAACGCUUCUACAUUUCUUCAGUCUAAUAAAAAAACUCUCUUUGAAUUAUGUACACGUGCGUGAGUCAUAAAAACUCGGUCAGGGUUUUACAACCCUGAAAUAAAAAGGCCUGAGCUUCUAUACGAAAGUUCUACUAACAAAUAUGAAUGAAUACUAAAUAGAUACUUAACUUAUGUGUGUGUCAUACUGUUAUUAGAUGCAUACCCUAAUUCGUCGUGUGAAAAAAAAAGAUGUAUUAUGAAUUCUGGUGUAUUUAUGUACAUACACCAAAUUAAAUGUAUACUUAAAUAUGCACCAAUUAUAAUAACCCUAAUACUUAUCAACUGCUUACAUAAUACAUUGUUAACUACUUGGUUAGCUAGGUUUUUGCACUUUGUUCGUUAUAAAGGAAGUUUUACCUGCUUCAUAAUUAUGGCAGUUAUCAAAAUAAAAUAAAAAUCUCACAAAUAUGUAAUAAAAAUCAUGCAAUGUAAAGAGAUUGUAAAUGCACAUACAUAAAUAUGUAAAUACAUUUAGUGGUUAGAUCAGCCUCACAUUUGCAUAGUUAAGCCAACAAAAUUCUAUAUUUAUUCCAGAGAUGAUAUAAUUUUGUAUGCUAUUUUUGUGACACAUGUUCUUGUUUGAUGUAUAUGAUUUUGAAAAAUGAUUAAUAAUUGGAUAAAAUUCUGUUGCAUUUUAAAAAUAAAUCGAGCACUUUAAAUUGA